AUGGCGGGCGCCUGGUCUCCCGGUUGUUGCGAAGGCAGUUCGUCUUCUUCCUGCGUGUGUGACCGCCAGGGCAAGUGGAGCGAGCCCUCGCUGCUGGGCAGGCGGCUGUCCGAAGACUCGAGGCGCCACCAGCUGCUGCAGAAGUGGACGAGCAUGUGGAACUCCUCCGGCGGGGACGAGUCGGAGGCGGGCGCGGAGAAGGCGUCGCGCACGGAGGCCGCGGAGGCCGCGGAGGAGGCGGCGGCGGCGGAGGAGACGGGGGCCCGGGGCCCGGGGCCCGAGGAGGAGGAGACCCCGCUGGUGUUCCUGUGCUCCGGGUGCCGGCGGCCGCUCGGCGACUCGCUGAGCUGGGUGACCUGCCAGGAAGACACCAACUGCAUCCUGCUGCGCUGUGUUUCCUGUAAUGUUUCUGUGGAUAAGGAACAGAAAUUAUCCAAACGCAAAGAUGAAGAUGGUUGCAUUCUGGAGACUCUGUACUGUACCGGCUGCUCCCUCAACCUUGGCUACAUAUACAGAUGCACUCCCAAGAACCUAGAUUACAAGAGGGGCUUGUUUUGUCUCAGUGUUGAAGCCAUUGAAAGUUAUACUUUAGGGUCCUCUGAAAAGCAAAUGGUCCCAGAAGAUAAAGAGCUUUUUAAUCUUGAAAGCAGAGUUGAAAUAGAAAAGUCUCUAAAGCAGAUGGAAGAUGUCUUGGUAGCCUUGCAAAGGAAGCUGUGGGAGGUGGAGUCAAAGCUGGCCUUUACCAGUUCUAACAGAUGAGCUCUUCCUCCCAUCCUGCCUCACCCACUUCUCUCUCUCUCUCUCUCUUUUCUCUCUCCCUCCCUCCCUCCUUUUUUUGUUUUUUGGCCCUUCUUAAAUGAGAAGAGUUGUAAAAUUAUUUCUGCAGUUACAUUUUAUGCUAAAGAGGAAUUGUCACUCAUUUACAUUUUAAAGCCAUUUUAUAAUACUUGCUAGAGUCGGAAUUUAGGAGUUUUUGUUUUGAUAAGAGGCUGGGAUGACUUUCCGAACUAUCUUGUUCUCUAUGUUAAAAUUCACUAUUUUUGACUUAAAAAAAUGUCACUUUUAAUACUUUGGACAAUAUUUGAUACUGGAUUGUAAGAAGAUCUUAAACAUUUUCGCUGCUUACUAUGUGGUUCUGUCUUUGAAACGAGUGCUUACCAUGCUCUGGAAAAGCUGGUCAGUUCAAUUAUGUGUCAGAACUAUUUGAAGACUUGCACAAGAGCAAGAGAUCCUCCUGCAGCCAUCUGCCUCAAGGGUCUUCCCACCUCUCCAGGGAGAAGCAACAGAAGCUGAUGUGGAGCCUGCCCUGUGGCUUUGCCAGCAAUGCUGCAGGAGCAACAGGUGUGUGAACGGCAUUUUCAGAGUCUCUCCUUGUCUCCUUGUAGCGUGGGAGCGGCAUCAAGGAGUCCUAUCCCAUUCAAGCAUUUUCAAGCCAGAGAGGUCUGUGGGCAUCUGGGUCAGUGCCUAGGCCUACCAUGUUUGUCCCACAUGGUCCCUGUAGUUCCGGUCAAGUGAGGGGCGUUCUAAUGGUUGAAGCUAGGACAGUGCCUCCUAGCAUACAGUGGGAACGUCAUCAAAGGAGUUCUGAGCAGAGCUUCUCUCCUAGUGUUUUCAAGGAAAGUCUCUGGGAGCAGAAACAGGGGUAACUUUUAUUAGCCAUGUAACAUGGAGGGGCCAACCAUUUGAGCCUCUUGUUUCCUUGGCUGUAUUCCUUGCAUCAAGGACAAUGAAAUCAGGACAGGAAGGGACCACAGAAAAAAAAUGACAGAUUCAACUUUCUGAUUCAAUCUAGCCAGCCUACCACUGAAAAGAAAGUAAAAGAAUGCCCAAGUAAAAGGGGACAUGCUAAACCACAGUGGAUAUAGUUCCUUUCCCAGUAAGCAUAUGACCAUGAAGGAAAUGAGAAAAAGAAAAAAUUCUAGCCUUCUCACUGAAAGAUAUUUGCUAUUAACAUUUUGAAAUACGUUUUUGUAUGGAACUUUGAGAUUAUCCUGUAUAUAAUUGCUUUCACUUAAGGUCUUUCCUUAGUGUGUUAGUUCUGAAUCAUUAGAAGUUGACCAUCCCUACUAUGAAAACCCCAAAUCCGAAAUGCCCCAAAAAGGGAGAAAAAAAUUCAGAUCCUAAACCCCAACAAAGUUUUAAGCAUUUUGGACAAGGAAUUCCUUAACCUGGCAUCUUUCACAACCUGAGUUUUAAGGAUGAGCUAAGAUCAGAUCCCUAUAUUUAUAAACUUGCUUAAAUGUGCGAAUAUGGAAUGCCAGCAUUUUGUUACUGAAAUAAAUACCUGAAAUAAUCAGU